AUGGUCGGCUACGCUCCGAACGCCUACCGCCUAGGGAACAAAGACAAGAAGCAGUUGUUCCUGGCCAGAGAUGUCAAGUUCGAUGAAAGCAGUUUUCCGUUUACUAUCGAGAUCCGUGAUGAAACUCUUUUGGUGGUUAUUCCGUACAAACUGUGGCUCAAACUUCGAAAUGGAAACCCCGAGGCGCUGCGAACGGAAGCGCAGGCUCCCCGGGAACGAGAUGAUGACGAGCGUUUGAUCUUCGAUGUUCCUGAAGCGUACAAGGGGAUUGCUGGAGGAGCCAACGAAACCUUCUGGCAACAAGCGGUUAGUGAGAAAUUGCGGUCGCUAGUGGUCAAGCAAGUUUGGCGAUUGGUGAGACGUCCUUCUGAUGUAGUUCUGCUCAAGUCAAAAUGGGUUUUCCAGAUCAAGGCAGACAAGUAUGGCGAACUGGUUCGUUACAAGGCGCGCUUGGUGGCUAAAGGAUUCCAGCAGAAGGACGGAGUCGACUACAAUGAAACGUUUUCUCCCGUAGCGAAGUUGGCCACCAUGCGAACCAUUCUUCUUAAGGGGAGAAUUUCCUGA